AUGCCCAAUCAACUCUCCAUCCCGUUCAAGAAAACGUACGCCGUCCCCCUCAAGCAGGCAGUCUACAACCACAUCCAAGCGCGGCACCCCGGUACUCAUCCCGAUGCGUUCAGAUACGACAUCUCACAGUGGGAACUGCUGCGCAAAGAGGCGAUCAGCUCCGUGGUACACAUAGACCGGACGAGGUCUUUCAUAACUUACCAUGCUCAGCUUGUUUUCAUUCUCACCAAGCUUCCUGCAGACAUCGGUCUCGAGAUACCCUACGCCCCCGUCUUUGCCCCGUCUGCCCUUCCGGUUACCCUGAAUAACCUCAAUUACGAACGUUGCGCGAUCUUGUUCAAUUUAGCCGCCCUCUACUCCCAAGUGGCCACCGCCGAGGACCGUUCAAAUCCGGAAGGGGUCAAACGGGCAAGUGCAUACUUUCAGAGCGCCGCCGGCGUCCUCUCGUACCUUGCGGCGUCUGCCCUGGUGAAGCUACCGCCGACCCCCGGAGAUGAAGGGGAACUCUUAGAAGACCUGUCAGAACCCUUCGUCAAGUCGCUGGAGUGGCUUAUGCUGGCCCAAGCUCAGGAGUGUGCAUGGCAGCGCGCUGUGCUAGACAACCGCUCGAACGGAAUCAUUGCGCGUUUGGCAGCACAAGUCUCCGCCUACUAUGGGUCCUCUAUUUCCGCUGUUCGUGACGCCUCGCUAUCAAUUAGGCAUAUCUUUCCUUCAGACUGGUUGCCACAUUUAGAAACGAAGCAGAUGCAUUUUGAGGCCGCCGCGCAAUAUCGCAAGAGCGUGGACGAUCUCGAGGCGAAUCGGUACGGAGAAGAGAUCGCCCGUCUGAGUGUCGCGCAAGUUACGGCAAAACGGGGUUAUGACAUUGCACGCCGAGGCGGGGUGACACCGACCGUCCUGCAGGACAUCAAGUCACUUCUGGAUAUUCUGGAAAAGAAUAUGAUACGUGCCAAUCGAGACAAUGAUUUGAUCUAUCACAAGGAUGUGCCGCCUGGACCUGCGCUGUCCGCGAUCUUGCAAACUUCGGUGGUGCAGAGCAACGUACCUCCACAAUUGCAAGAUCCAAAGAGCGCGAUUGGGAGCUCCCCGAUGAUAUUUGGUGAACUGUUGGGUUGGGGCGCUGAAACUGCCAUAGACAUCUACAACGACAGAAGGCAAAAUUACAUCAAAGAUGACAUAGUUAACCGUGGACAGGAACUCGAUGAUCAAGCCCAUGCUAUACUACGUUCUCUCAACCUCCCAACUGCGUUGGAUGCGCUCGAGAAGCCGAUCGGACUGCCUCCCAGCCUGCUCCAGAAGGCGGAAGAGGUGCGGCUAGAGCACGGCCCGCAACGCAUCGAGAAAUCUAUAGACGAUGUGCAAAUGCUCGCGCAAAGGGAUAUGAACAUCUUGAAUGAAGCGAUGGACAUCUUGGAUCAAGAAGCGUCUGAGGACGAAAGUUUCCGAAAUGAAACUCCAACGUCCCGUUUGCCGUCUCAUGAAGCCAACACGGACCUCAUAGAGAAAGAGCAGAGGUAUCGGAAUAUAUUGGAGCAGGCUGCUGACAGCGACGCUGUCAUUCGACAACGUUGGGACGAAUGGGAGCGGCCCAUCACAGAAUUGACAUGGGACGAGGCGACUUUAGAGGCGUCUGUCCCGUCCUCCACAGUGAACGUUGCGACAUCGAAUCGAGCUGGGAACACGUCAACUCAGACACAUGCCCGUGGACUUCGCGCUUUGUUAGAACAGCUGGACGAUCUGUGUCGUGCCCGCAGUCAGCUUGUCACACGCGCGCAGCGGCUCGCCGACGCCGAUGACAUACAGCCACGCGUCCUCAAGGCGGCUGCAGCCGUGGAGCGGUGGGUCGAGGUGCAGCCUUCCAUGUUCGAGGACGUCUUGGACGAAGAGCUUUCCAAAUUUGAUAAAUUCCGUAAUGACAUCGAGGCCGGUGCCGUGAAGCAGGAAGAAGUUCUCGAGUCGGUCAAGACUCGGAACGAGUCAUUUUUGCUGUCCCGGCGAGAUGAUCCAUCUGUGAGGGAGCGAGAACACGCCCUACAAUCGUUGGAUCUCGCGUAUCACAAAUACAAAGAAAUCACUCGACAUCUGGAUGAGGGCCUCCAGUUCUACAACGACUUCGGGGAUAUCCUGAUGAAAUUCAAGGAAAGCUGUAAAAAUUGGGCCGACAUGCGGCGAGACGAGAUGCACUCGAUCUCACGCCCGAUGGAGUCUCUUUCAAUACAGCCCGAGGAGAAAGUGUCGGCAUCAGCGCCUGUGUUGCCAUCGCCACCCGUGUUCCCUACUUCGCCACUGACACGUUUAGGCGCCCGUGGUGUUCCCAAGGCGCGCCAGCUGGCUUUGGACCUGCCUCCGCCGAAUUCAGAUGCAUGGCAGACAUUCGAAUUGCCUCCUUCCCCCGCGAAGGAGCGGAAGACGAGGCAUGCGGGGAAGAUGAGCUAA